AUGACGUCACUGCCUGGCGCUCGCGCGCGCGCGCGCUGCGUUGUGCGCAUGCGCGGCGAAGACGGCGCGCCGGUGAAAUGCCCGCAGAGGCCCCACGCGCGCUCAGUGUUGUGCCCGAGGUGCUCGCCUGUGCGCCGCCGCUGCGGGCGUGGAGCGUUGUUCACUACCACGACGACCGCCGCGCGAACCACCUCAGCCGACGACCGCUGCGCGAACCACCCUGCUCGACGACUGCCCCCCGCCGGCGACCGCCUGUUAGACCACUCCGGCCGGCGACCACCUGUUAGACCACCCCGGCUGACAACCGCCACGGGAACAACCCCCGUAGGCGACCACCGCGCGAACCACCCCGGCCGACGACCACCCAACCCCCUCCCCGUCGGUGGCGACGACCACGCAUUGGGCAGUGAACGCGUGGUGCCCCCCUGGUCCAGGCGACCGACCCUUUCGCUGGCUCUGUGGCAGAACGGCCUAACGCUGACGACCGACGCUUUCGCCCCCUGCCGACGCCCCGCCGUCGCCUUGCCGCCCGCAGUCGCCGCCUACUCCAUGACGGUAGGUGCUCCGAGCCAGUGCUUGUCUGUCGACACCCCUUGCAUCACCUCCGAGGUGUGUCUCAGAUCAGUGCAUUUUUGUUGUGGUUGA